AUGUCAGGACGCCGUCACCAAAUAGAUAUUCUGUUCAAGGCUGCUGGCCCCUUGUCACAAAGUGGCCAAUCACUGACCUUUCUCCUCAUCUUCUCGUUCAUCUAUCUUCUUGUUAAACAAGGUUUCGUCUUUGGCUACCGGGCCCAUCCAGCCUGGAGAACUCGUGAUGUGAGAAACUGUUAUUCAGACAUGAUGAAGGAGAAUGACAUCACACACUUGUUGCUGGAAACAAUUAGUGCUGAAGACAUCGAUGCAUUUUGUCGAAGAAUAACGAAACUCAAGAAAUGCGUGGCCGACGGUGAGCACCAAUUGUCCAUCAGAGAGAACACCGAUUGCUUGCAAAAAACUCGAGGCAUUACUGUCUUCUAUUUAAAUAUUUGUCCUCCUGGCUCAAAUAUUACUGAAAAAUAUAAGGAAAAUUCCCACUGCUUCAAUACUAUUGAAAAACAAGUCGUGUCAUGUUCUUCGUUUCUCCCUGAUGCCAUUGAAUAUAGAAUGCAAAGAAACCUUAGAAAAAUAUGUUGUGGUUUGAAACGUCAUCGUGUCUGCUUGUCAGAAGCUGCUUACUACAGAUGUGGGAAAGAGGCGGCAGACGUCACAGAGCAGAUCUUGCAGCGUUACUUCCAAUCCCAGUUGACGAAAUGUGAAAACAAUCACUUGCCACCGUGUGAGCAUCUGGAAUUCGAAGGCGAUGUCGAACAGCAUUCAGAUUUGGACAAACACCACAUCGAAUCCGAACUUUGGAAUUACCAUUCGGAAGAGAGGAAGCGGCACAAAUCGGAAGGCAGUUUUAUACGCACAUCCAUUUACUCCAUCAUAGUUUGUUUGGGUUUUGUAUUGUUUGACAUUAUUUUUUGAAAAAUA